AUGAUGAAACGUCCGUCCGGUAUAGUUGGAUUCUCCGUAAGGAGUGAAUCAUCUAGAAUAUUUACUUACUCUUCCUGUUAUCUCUUGCAUCUGAACAAGUGCAAUUGUCAUUACAAGGCAGAAUCGUUUCGAUCGAUAUUGUUUUGUUUGUGA